UCAAGACACAGAGAGCGGGGUACGAGACGGUGGAGGAGAGGGAGACCAGUCGUCGACGCUGGACCGAGAGUCUCAAGCAUCGCGUGUUCCGGCCACAGUCAGUCACCAAGGUCUCUCUGGACAUCCGUCCGUCUGCGCACAACAGCCUAGUUCCGGAUCUGACUAGCCUGGGCCUGGGCCUGGGCAUGGGCAUGGGCAUGGACUUUGUGUGCUUCAAUAUUGUCGCAGGAGCUCAAGAGCUGGAUGGGUUACAUACGCGACAAGUAGCCAAAAAGGGGUGUUUGAUUGAAAUCCGCCCGGGCCGUAGUCGGACGGACCUGGCCGGGUCCGCAGCAUUCGGAUGCGGGGCAACAGCGGAACACACAACGGGGGAUCGCACAGCCGAACCCCGCGGAGCCACCGCCCCAAUCGACAGCCCGUUGACAAAGACUAGUGGCUUGCCGUGGGGCGCAGAUUUACACGGCGUAUCGGUACGAGAACUGGUAUCCGAACACAAGGACGGCGACAGGCGAGACAGGUUGUUCGCUUCAACGGCUCCGUCGAAACUAUUUCACGGGCGGGAAGCAUCCAGCCGUAACGAGAGAUGCCAGCCAACGGACAUGACUGUCUUGGUCCAAAUGAUAAUGCUCAAUAAGCAAGGAUUUCGGGUCGGCGUAUAUUGGUCGGGGAACAGCCCGCUGCAUUGGGCCAUGUAGCGCCUUUUCGUUUAUGGAGAAAUCAAACUUUCGCUUCUCAGGGCGGACAAGACAACUCGAGCUGAUAAUGCUGCGCCUGGUACCCGUAUUGCCACGAGGACCGGGCCCGACGAGGGC